UAGGUUGAUAGAUACCUAUAUCUCCAGGAUACCGCAGUCCCUGACACAGGGACAGUGCCCUUCUCCAGCGCUGCUUGCCCGAGCCAGUGCAAAAGGCGGCUCCAGCGGUGGAUGAUGGAGAUGUAGCGGGAGAGCUGCUGCGGUCAGUCGACAAGGUGCGCAUCUCCCGCGCUGCCUUCUCCAGCCCCAGAGGAGGAGCCCGGGAGGAUGCAGAGGGAGCGGGUCCCGCCGAGGGCAGGGCCCCGCGCUGUGCUGCGAGCUGUCCGGGGCGCCGGGCCCCGCCGUCACGGGAAGGGCAGGCGGGUGCCUCGCACGGCCGCAGGCACGGGGCCGCGGGAGUCACGUCGGGCGGCCCCUUGCUCAGCGCCGCGGGCCGCCUCCCGCAGCCCCCCCGGCGGAGCCCGGCGCCGGGGCAGGCGGGGGCGGGGGCCCGCGGGCCGCGCCGUGAUUGGGUGCCAUUGUUCCCUUUAUGCCGGGCCGCAUAAAUAGCGGCCCGCGGGGCGCCCGCCAUCGCCUGCGCCCGCCCAUGCAGUCCGACGUGGGCUCCGCGUCCAGCCGGGCAUCGUCGCCGGAGCCGGGAGAAGCCGGCGGCCCCGGAGAGCGGGGCGAGCCCGGGCCCCGGGCCCAGCUGCGGGGCAGCGGGCAGGCGCCGUCCGCGGAGCACCGGCACCGGCAGCGGCUGCGGGUGAACAGCCGCGAGCGCCAGCGGAUGCACGACCUGAACCAGGCCCUGGACGGGCUGCGCGAGGUGAUGCCCUACUCGCAGGGGCCGGCGGUGCGCAAGCUCUCCAAGAUCGCCACCUUGCUGCUGGCCCGCAACUACAUCCUCACGCUCAGCAGCUCCCUGCAGGAGAUGCGGCGGCUGCUGGGCGAGCUGCGCGCCGGGCCCCCCGCCUGCUCCCUGGGCUACCCGGCCUUCCGAGCCGCGCCCGCCCCGCACGAGCCCCCGGGCCCCGCUUACAGACACUACUCGGGCCUGGCCUGCCCCUGCUCGCUGUGCCAAGCGCUGCCCCCGCAGCUGCCCAGAACCGCAGCCGCCCACGCCUGCCUCGGGACGAGCAAGUGAAGCCAAAGACUCGCGGGACCGAACAGCUUCGAGGGGCCAGCCCCUGCGGAACUGGGGAUGUUGGGGGUGGAGGAGGGAACCAGGCGGCUUCCUCCUAAUGAAGACCCUCGCUGGUCCCCAGAGCAUGCUGUGACGGCUCUGGCUCCAAACCGCCUCCUUCCUUCUGUAUCAGUUGAGUUGGGCCCUCCCAGAGCUGUGCACACAGCAGCUUGGUCUGGUGCCAUUGCCUCCCGCUCUGUCUGCCUUGCUUGAGUAGCUGAUGCAACUACCUAGCGUCUCCCUUGUAGUCCCAAUAAACACAGGGAUGUUCUGUUCCAA